CCCAUUUUGCUGCACCAGGAGCUGAGAGACCGCAAAGAGCUGAGGCUGCGCUCUGCUCAUGAUAACAAAGGAACCGAAAUGGAAGAUGUGAGCUCCAAAAGGGUCAGUGACUUCUUACAGAAAUGCGUCAAACUUGAGGACAACGAGGGGGACCCUCAGCCCAAGGAGAUCUUGGAAGUUCAAAGUCUCCCUAUACUCACUCCAUCCUACCCUCAGACAGUGCAAGAGGAAAUCUCAAUGGUUUUCAAUACUUGCGCAAUGCCAGCCAAUCUGGGCCCAUGUGCCAGGAGGCGGCGUGAGAAAGGCAACGGCCACGAUGGGACAAGCGCAUCUCUCUAUGUUGACCGCCGCAAAUCCAAAGUGUGGAACUAUUACACCAAGCUGGGGGAUGCCUAUGUUGAAUGCAAUGUCUGCAAGAAGCAACUGUCCUUCCACAACAGCACCACAACCAUGAGAGAACAUCUGGUGCGGAAACACAGCAUUCGUGACACUUUACUAUCACAACUGAAGGAUGACCAGGUUUCAGACCCAGACUACGUGGCUCAGGAGAACGCAAUAAAAAGGGCUCGCCAGCUGACACCUGAAAACAACAAUCAGUACCAUACUGUGGCCUGCUCAGAACCCAGGACUGAUGUGAUUCUGGAACUAGUGCUAGAAAUGAUUUUUCGGGACCUGCAUCCCCUCUCAGUAGUGAAGGACAAAGGUUUUGGCCUUCUAAUUGGCUACUUAGAACCCAGUUUUAUUCUCCCAUCCCCUAUGCAGCUCUCUAGCAUGCUGUGGCACCGAUAUAAUGUUGUCAAGCAACAUCUAGAACAUUACCUGCAAACAGCUCAGUCUAUUGUGAUCUGUGCUGAAUUCUGGCUCUCUCACCCCAACCAGACAUACCUGACAAUCGUGACUAAUUUUAUUGAUGGAGAGUGGCGGCGGGCUAGGUGCAUCCUAGAGACCCAGCAGGUGCAUGAGAACAAAGCAGAGAGCAAUUUGGGAGACAGACUAUAUGCGGUCCUAACAGACUUUGGGUUGUCCAACAAAUCUGUCUUUUGCAUGAUGCAUGACAGCCUACAGGAUUUGGAGGCCAAUUCAUCACACCUUAAAUGCAUUUAUGGCUGGACUAGCCUAUGCUGCGCGGCCCACCUACUACACCUUUGUGUCAAGGCAGGCCUUGAGGUGGAGCAGGUACAAGAAGCUCUGACUGCUGCUCGAAGCAUUGUCUGCUACUUCCAGCAGGAUGCUAAGGCUACUUGCUCACUGAACAGCAAAUUGGAAGCCAUCAACAAGACGAAACUGAAAUUGGUAAUGGACACUGGGGCUCGAUGGAUAACUACCAUUGAGAUGUGUGAGUGCCUGCUAGACCUCAAGUGGGCCAUCAUGUCUGUUUUGGAGGAACAUCCCAAGGGAAACUCAGUGGUCCAGAAUUUGGCUGAUCACCAGUGGAAACUCCUGCAGGACCUAGUGCCAGUUAUGAGGACACUUAAGAUAGCCACUUCUUUCUUGCGAGAAGAGCAGAACUUCUCUAUCUCCUCCUUGAUGCCUUGCAUCCAUGGUAUUGUCACUGCCAUUGGACAGCAGUCAGAAGAAGCAAGCGGCAUCAUUAAAACUGUGGUAAACAACAUAAGAGGAGAGCUAACCCAGCGUUGGGGUAUUUUGGAUGAAAAUAAAUUGCUGGAGAGCCCAGCAGUGAUUGCAUCAUUUUUAGACCCACGAUUCAAGGAAAUGAGAUUCCUAAGCCCAAGUCUACGGAGCGAAUUGCACAAAAAAAUUAAAACCAUGUUGUCCCAGUUCUUCAAUCAUCAGUCCCCAUUGUCAGCCCAGUUCUGGGUACCAAACUCUGAUUACAAAGCAGAGGUUAGUGAAGCAGGCAGCCAGCUUUCUGCUCAUAAGGAAAGAGGCCCAAGUGGGCAAUCCCAAAGUAUGUAUGACAUCCUUUUGGGAAAAGACCCUACUGAAAGCAUGCCUGAGAUCCAUCAACAGCUAGAGAACUACAUCGUGGAACCUCUUUGCAAGCGUAGCACUAACCCCUUGGAUUGGUGGAAGAGCAAUGAACACCGCUUCCCCUCUGUUGCCCGAUUAGCCCGGCAAUAUCUGGCUAUACCGGCAACAGUUGUACCACCAGAUCAGGCCUUUGCUGCCAAUGAAAGUGCUCUAGAGCACCGAAGAGGUGUACUUGCCCCUGAAAAUCUGGACCAAAUUCUUUUCUUGCACCAAAAUUUUGAUUUUUUAGAAUCUAUGCGAAAUGGGAAUGAGAAUCUGAGCAAGUCUGUACACAGCCAGUACUGAAAAAUCAGGCAUGAAAAGAGCAGAAAAAUCAGUGUAUCACGAUACAGCCAAUAUACUGGGAAAGGAGGUAGGAAGAUCAUCAAUCUUAAAAGGAUAACAUGACUUUCAGGUCACUUUAGUCAAAUUGGCAGGCAGUGUUUGAACUUGCCCUUUAAUUUAAAAGUCAGUUGGCCUACUGCCUAAGCUUGCCCGUGUUUUUUCCUACAGUGCAGAUUGUCCCAUAAAUAAGAUUAUUAUUUUUUUUUUUAAAGAUGAGACAUACGUCAAACAGAUUGUAGAGCAAGGACAUUCCUGUUGCUUUUCUAAAAAGAUUCAGGUGUAUUCUUGGAAGGCAUAUGGUUGUCUGGAUACAUGCCUCCAUCUAUUUCAGAAAGAGGACUAAUAAGGACAAGAAGCUGAAAUGGUUUCAGAUGUCUUCCUUAAAUGACUAUGUUAUAAUGCAGGAUACUUCUAAGGAGGGAACAGAAAUAUUUUUGCAUUGUAUUUGUUUGUUUGGAAUCCUGCAGCAGAAAGCAGGCUUUGUUCUGAUGAGCCUUGCAAGUGGCAAGGUAAUAGCCAGAAUGCUAUUAGGCCAGUGUUGUCCAAACUUGGCCACUUUAAGAUG